AUGAAGAAUUGCAAAGCUCUAUUGAUAUUAGGAUUAUUUGGAAUAUCCUCAGCUUUAUCUGCUUUAACCUAUCAAUAAUGGGAGAAAUUUUAAGAGCCAACAUAUCUUAAUUCACGAAAUUCUGAUCUAUUGGUUUAAGCUAAAAGAGGAAUGGUUAAAGGUAGAGUUAUUGACUCUCAAUACUUUAAUCACUGGCCCCUAAAUGCUGAAUUAUCAGUUCAAGAAAUGAGGACGAAUAAGACUAUCACAGAUAAGAGAAUGUAUUUUGAUGGAAUGCCAAUGAAUGUUCUUGCUAAUUAAGAGGCGAUCCCAUAAAGUGCUGUGAAUAUAAAUGGAGACAAUGGCAAUGUACACGUUGAUAAUUAUACUCAAAUAAAUCAGAACAAAUUCUCUGAAUUAGCUGAAGUUAUAAACAAUGCCCCUAACUCUACGAUUAAUAUCAUAAACAUCAAUGACAAUGAUGAUAAUGAUGUUGCAUAGUAAGCUGAGAAUGAGAAAUUAUUCGAACAAAUCAACACUAAAAUGAACCUACUUUCACAAUUGCAAAAUAUGCUUAAAGAUAAGAAAGCAGUCUUUGCUUUACCAUUAGUAAGUAUUUCAAAAAAAGACAGUUAUCCUCACUACCUAUACCCUAACUACUAAUGA